AUACAUAUAUACACUUAUGAGUGGAAAUAAUAAGAGGAAGAAAUACGGAGACGCAAUAAUACACGAUAUAUUGUAAUAUAUGACUGGAAUGUACGCCUAGAGUGACUGAGAAAUGAGUUAUAGAUCACCGACUGCGAAUCGGAGCUUUCUUCACAGGAAUCUGCAGAGUGCUUCGACGAAACCUCAUGAACCACCGGAUAAGAUCGUGUAUGCUACGCUAGACUGUUUGGCCUUGAAGAGAGCCAGGCUGCCUUUGCAAUUGGUGCCUAUUGACAGCAAUGAUAGCAAUGCCUCGGCUAAGACAGCUGAUAAAACCGACGCCGGUAGGAAGGCGGCCAAUUCUGGGAAGACGUCGUCUCGACGUCCAAGUUUUAAAGUUCGAUCCGGGUCAAGUUUACACUGGAAACAGCGACAUAAGGUAAACGUCGUGACCGGUAAAUUUGAAAACACGCCGAAGGAAAGCGGCGGCAGCAGGCAAAGUUUGCUGUCAAAAAAUGGGAAUACCGUCAAAGUGCCAUAUUGUAAAAACGUGUCAAAAACACUUCCGGAACUGCUGAACGAGCUUCUGGAGCCUGAGGUGACCACGUCACCAAGUCCGGAACUGAGUAGCAAUUCAAACAAGCCAGAGAAACUUAAUAGCCAUAUUCGUAAAAGAAAUAAGACUGAUUCGCGGAAACAGACGAACAGGGAAUCCGGAUUCGUGAAACACGGAUCCAACUCAAGAUCUUUGGGAAAGUUACGGAACCACGAUGGAAACUGUUCAAACAUACAGUUGCCUGUAGGAUCACUUAAUGACAGUGCUCAUUUAUAUACUUUGUCAAACGAGGCUAAUGAGCCGAUGGAAACUGGUUAUUCUAUAAUCAAAUUGCCCGAAAGUAACCCACUUAAUGUAUCUGAAGGAGUUGAAAGGCAAGAAAAUUCGUCGGAAAAUGUGGAGAGGAAAAAAACUUGCACUGUUUUACCAGUGGCUGGAAAAUUCUCAAAUAAUAGAACAGACUUGAAGUCUUCGAAGCUGAAGAGCCUGUCCCGGGAAGAAUUGAGGAAUGUUAAAAUAUCCGAACCAACAGAUUUCGUCCACGUCGCCUCGGUGACGAAUCCGAAAUUGAUAGUUGAAAAGAACAGAUCGAAUUCUGCGUCGACGGUGAGUCAGAAUCGAAUUUCCUUGACGUUACCGAUCAGUUUGGACGCUGAUGAGCAGAACAGAAUCCAGUCGAUGACGAAAAACUGGUGCAGUAGAAACCUGACGAACGGGGGAGAGCUGAAGAAUGAAAUUAAGGUGAACAGCCAUAAAUACGUGCCGAUGAGCCCCGCCGAUCUGAGCAGAAAAAAUGUAAAAUCGAAGACCGCGUUCUUUGAUCAAAUGAAAAGCGAUGCGACCGUGGCGGCGAAAAGGGAACCCCUGAGAAGGCUGCAGUGCACGAAUGGAAACGUGGCCGACCGCCAAGAAUCCGAAAGGGAGAAAGUACCCGAGCAGCUGGGCAACGCAACUGCGACGGUGGUGAAAACGGGUGAAAACGAGGCCGAGGAGAAAAUUUAUGAACUGAUGGCUGACGUUCCGUCAAGACCAACGCCGAAUUCAAGCUUCCUGUGGAGCAGCCAGCAGAUGAAAAUCUCGAAAUCACUAGCCAAUCUAGCCAACGGAACAACUAGCCAGCGAAUAUCUUACAAGUCGAACAAAUUCCCACUCGAGGAAAGACAAGCCUCGGUUGACUCCAAUCCCGACGAUGAGUACGAGGAAUACGAAGAGUAUGACGAAUAUGACCACGUGGGACCCUCCAGAGAAUCUGCCGAAAAGUACGAUUACGACGACGUGGGACCAACGCUUGUGGAAGAAGUGACAGAAUUGGAAGGAAACGAGGAAGACGUUUACGACGACGUGAUGCCACCAAGUUAUGCAUCGAUAGGAGAAAACACGUCGCCGAGUGGCACAAGAGCUAAGAGUGGUUAUCUUGCGGUUCGAAAUCUUGACGGGGAUCGUUUCUCACCGAAAAUGGAAGCCUCGAUGAUAGUUCCGCCGAAGGAACAAUUUGUCAGAGAAGCAUUGUUGCAGCAAAAUGAUAAAGUUAAUGGUGAAAACCCUUACUUGUCCAUUAACAACGAAUACUCAAGUCUCGAAGACGUCUCCUGUGAUCAUGACGUCUACGAUGACGUUGAUCUUCCUCAUCAGGAACGCGUCAAUAGCUUAUACGCUGGCUCUCUAUCGGGAUUGAAUUCUACCAGAGAUGAAUCCGAGUGGGAAGAUUUGGAUGAAACGUUGCCGCCGCCACUUCCUCUUCCGUUACCUCAACGAAAUGGAACAAGCACGAAGGGGGGAGAAGAUGUUCAGGUGACACCUUGUAAGAAAAAGUUGGGACUGACUUGGUCGCACAAAGUACGAAGACAACGGUCCAAAGCGUCGCGAGAAAAUUCAGCACGAUCUUCAGCCCAGAAUACCUGCGACCACACCUCAGUCGACUCAGGAUCCGAUAACAGCAACUACGAGUCUCUCUAUUCGUCGCAACUCGAUGACUUUAGUUCGGACUCAGAAACCGAGAAAGAAAAUCCAGAAGAGAAUGGUUUUUCUCCGGAUAGAGAUGACGUUUACUUGGAAGCACCUUCUCGGCCAACGCCACCGCCGCCAAGAGAGGCAAGUCUGACACAAACUUUGGGCCGAAGAAUGAAGUUGUUGCGCCGUACCUGGAGCCUCACUAAAGGGAGUUUGGGAAGGAUUCGCAAAAAAAGUGCUGGCGAGCAUGAAACCAUUUACAGUGAAACCAUCCCGAAGGAUCCGAGUGCUGGAAACCAAGUCGGUACCAAUACUGCGGAUCACAAAAAGUACUUCAGCUUCAAAAAACAUUUUCGCAAGAGCGUAAUGGGGCUGUCAACCUUCUACUUGGACAACAAUGAGAAUAAAUUUAACGUAACUUAUGCCAAUGAUAAGGAGAAAAUUUAUAGCAAUGGGAAUUGGUCGAGUGGUGAAUCCAAGAGCUGGCAAGACGAUGACUCUGUACAGUCCCAAAACAGUAAUACAGACCGAUGUAGUCUUCUCGCCGAAGAACCUCUCUAUCAAUUUUAUGCUGCUGCCGCUGCCAGAGUUGCCUUCGAAUCUGACUCCGACGGCUAUGAAGAGGUCGAAGGUCUAAUUCCAACACAAGCGACCACUGAUCUCGCAAAACCCGGUCAUAGAACCCUUUGGUGUCAAACGCCUCAAGUUGUGAAUAACGGUCUUCAUCAAAAACUUACGGCCGAAGAGCGGAAACUACAAGAAGCUAAAUUUGAGAUCCUCACUUCGGAAGCCUCGUAUUUGAGUUCACUGCGCGUUCUUGAAGAAGAAUUUGUAAAGAAUGCUGAAUUGAAUUCAGGAAUCUUGUCCACGACGGAAAAAGAGAAACUUUUUGGUGGGGUUCCUGGCAUUCGAAAAGCUUCUGAAAGGUUAUUGGCUGAUCUUGAAAAUGUUUGGAUGGAUGAUCCAAUGAUGUAUGGCUUACCAGAUGUCUUGUUCAAACAUGCAAAGAGGUCCUGCAAUGUCUAUGUGCAGUACUGCUCCAAUCAAGUCACCAUUGAUACAACUCUAAAAGAGUUGAGGGGAAGAAAGGGUUCCAAAUUUCUAGAUAUUCUAUUUCGUAUUGAAACACAUCCUGCCUGUCAGAGUUUAUCGCUACAUUCCUUUCUUAUGUUGCCCAUGCAACGAGUUACAAGACUGCCUUUGUUAGCUGACGCAGUCUUGACUAAACUGGGAACUGAUCAUCCUGAGCGCACUUUGUGGGAAAAUGUUUUAGCCAGCUUGAGCAGGGUGGUAACAGAGUGCAACGAAGGGGCGAGAGCUGCGGGAAGACAAGUUGAAAUGGAAGCAUUAGCAAGAAAGCUGGAGUAUUCGCCGAAGUUAACACCAAUAACAUUAAGGGACAGAUAUUUAAUCAGAAGCGGUCCAGUCAUUCAACUCUCGCCUAAAACAGACGGUGAUUACAAGUUGACUUUCGGAAAGAGACUCACUAAGACUUCGUUGCAUCUUUUCUUGCUGGUGGACUACCUUUUGGUUACCAAACCGAAAUUAAGCUCUCACGAUGAAACGUAUACGGUGAUUGAUAUAUGUAAGAGGAAUUUGGUCACAAUGGAAUCAGUUACGGAAGAUUCGCCGUGGGCUGGUCGUCACGCAAUGAUGUUAACGUUGCUUGAAAAUCAUAUGGGACGUGAAGUGGAAUUUGUUUUGACGUGCGAGAGUGACACAGAGCUUAUGCGGUGGAUGGAUGUUAUCAGUCCACCAAAAUCUAGUCUUAUCGGUGAAACGCUGUACGAAAGUUGGGACUGUCCUCAAGUAAUGGCGUUGUAUUCUUAUGCACCAGUGCAACCGGACGAGCUCGCUUUACACCCUGGAGACGUUAUAAACGUUCUACGAAAAAUGGCGGACGGUUGGAAUCACGGAGAAAAACUAUUAGACGGCGAGCAGGGUUGGUUCCCCGCAAAUUACACAAAAGAAGUAGCCUCUGAACAUGUUCGUGCAAGAAAUCUCAAGCAAAGACAUCGUCUCCUGGCUGUAACCGGGAAUUUGCUUCAAAAGAGAGGCAGAAAUAGCGUCGCACACUGACUCAAUGAUGAGAAAAAAAAAAAACAUUCCACUUAAAUGAUUAUACUUAAUUAAUUCUUAUAUAAAUGUAUAUGCAUAUGCAUACGUUAUUGUACAGUAAAUACCUGUGAUAUGUUUGAACAACGGGAGAAAAAUUUCAUUUGAUUUGCCAACUUUGUUCCGGUUGUAAAUCGAGACAGAGGUAAUAGAAUGCAGGAGCAUUAUCAAAUUAAAUUAUGUAAAUCCGAUGGCUGUAGGAAUUCGUCGACCUUUUGAUCAAAGGUGUUUACCGACUAAAUAUUAUACUCGAACCAAGUUUACGCUGAGCAAACACUGCUUUGUAAUACUCGAGCUGGAAGGUUGCCAGCACACAUAUUAUUAAAGUACUUGACAAUUUGAAAGCUUAUACUCUAUAUAUUAUAAAUGUCGGACUUUAGUGCUCAAAUACAUAGUUAAAUCAAAAAGUUUUACAUUGUACAUAAAAAAAAAUAAAAUAAUAUUUAUUUAUCGUA